CACUUCUUCCUUUUUUCAUCUCUCUUUGAUUUAUGGUCUCUAAUCCAAACUGGUCUGAUAAUCGAAGUUGCUGUCUAAGAUCUCUGUACGACUAUGGCUAAGAAAGGAGACAACAUGGACUAUACCUUGAAAAAGAAGAGAUGUGAAGAAUACAUAGAAGCACUCGUAGAAGAACAAAAGAAGAUCCAAGUUUUCAAGCGUGAUCUUCCCCUAUGUUUAUCGCUCGUUACACAAGCGAUCGAGUCGUACCGGAAGGAGUUAUCGGAAUUUUCCAGGUCAGAACACAUUCAACCAGAAGGUUCUGAGCGGACUACAAGUGAAUGCGAAGGCAGAGACGGUUGCAUUGCCUUGUGUGAGGAGUUUGUGCCGAUCAAAUCUUGUGAACGUGUUAAAGACGAUGAAGCUGAAAAUAACAUUGAUAAGAAGAAAUCUGAAUGGCUUCAGUUAUGGAACCAGUCUCCUGAUCCUCAGCCCAUAGAGGACCAGACAACAACGGUGGUGGCGGCGGUAAAGGAAAACUGCGAUGCGUUUCAAAAAGGAAAGCUCGCCUAUUCUCAACCGUUGAAAGCAAUCACUCCAACGCCGACGGCGUCGAGUUCAACGGCGGAAACAGGCGGAAAUAAAAAAGAGAUGGAGCAGCAGAAACAGUUACAAAUGCAUCGGAAGCAAAGGCGUUGCUGGUCGUCGGAAUUACAUCGGAGAUUCCUUCACGCGCUUCAGAAGCUUGGAGGAUCACAUGUUGCUACGCCUAAGCAGAUUAGAGAUCUCAUGCAAGUCGAUGGUCUAACCAAUGACGAAGUUAAAAGCCACUUACAGAAAUAUAGAUUGCACACAAGAAGACCAGCUACUCCGACAUUGACCAACGGCUGCGAAAAUCCACAACAACAGCAGUUAAUUGUUGUGGAAGGCAUUUGGGUGCCGUCGAAAGAUGCAGUGAAUAACAGAGUUUACGCUCCUGUGGCAGUACAACCGCCACCACGUUCUUCACCGUCCGAACCAAGAAGCAUCCAACGUUGCAAACCGCCUACAUCAUCUUCUUCUACACACCCAUUACACCUUCCUCUGUCAUGAUUAGAUUAACCUCAUAUGGAAAUUCAUUUCUUUUGUAAACCAAGAAAGUUCCUUCAAUGUUUUUUAAGUUUUGAAUAAACUCUAGAAUAGAAUUUUGAGUUUUAUAAUAGUGUUUGGAUUCUUGAAUAAAUUUCUAGAUGUAUGUCUAGCAAAUGAUAA